AUGUGGUUAUCAACGUAUGCUCUUCGGUGCAUUGCACUCGUGUGCGUUGCAUUCGUUGCGUCCACGACUUCGACGACAGCUUCAGUAGCUCAAAAGGGCAAAGGAACCGUUCACGGAGACCUCCGUACCAGCACCACGGAAUGGCCGUCCUUGAAGCUCCACUUCACAUUGAAACGCGGCUCGAUGCAAGUCUACGGUCAGCCCGAGUUCGACGUGUAUGCUAACCCGAUCGUGUCGAACGACGGUCUUAGCGUCACGUACGACGGAUACGUGGACUUCACCGAAGGCUCGACCCUCACCCGGUACAUGCUGGUCGACGGUAUCGCCUACUCGACGACUACGACCUCCGAAACGGACCAAACUCAAGCUUCAUCGUCGUCAACUCAAUGUGUGGAAUCGAAGGCGCUGCCUCCUCUCAACGACAUGCUACCGGUGCUCAACGACGCCAUUCAAGUUGCAAACGCUACUUUAGACGGCACAAAGAUCAAAUGCUCACCAGGGAAUCUGUUCAAGGUGACGUUCCGGGGACUCAACCUGGCCGUGUGUGCGCUUGGUUCUUCGGGUGUUCACGUUUAUGGCAGUGACUUGGAGAUCAGAAUUAAAUAUCUAAAGAGCCGUGUGGAGAUUACGGCACCAGAGCUCAGUGGCAGUGCCUUGAGCAAGUGCGAGAAUGUCGUGAACGCCACUGCUAUGACUGAAACCUCAAUCGCCUUGCUCACUGGAGAUGUGAUCCCCGAGAGCGAGUCACGAAGCCUGGACUUCGACCCGGGCGUCGACUUAGCUGCCACUACGUGCUCGUGCAAGUCGACGCCACGUCCGUGUCUCUUUAUUCACGGUCUCGGUAUUGACUACGCGAAAGAGGAGCUCCAGGACUCGUUCAGCGACUACUGGGGCAACAUGACGGACCAUGCACCGUGCUGCACGGAAUUCAAGUACAUGAUCUGGAAUUCCAUGGAGACCGGAUGGAAUAACGACACCCAACAGCAGAUCAUGUGCGACCUUGCAGCUUCCGUGACAGAAUCGGGCUCACCAACCGAAAUCGCGGACACUAUCGUCGUGACGCACUCAAUGGGCGGACUCAUGUUGGCAGGCGCCAUCGCGACGGGGAAAUGCACGCUCGCUAACAGCAGCUCUUGGGUUGCUACCAGCCCACCGUUGUCAGGAAGUAUGGGUUCGGACUAUGCUCAGGAAGCCUGCAACGGGGAGCACACUAUUAUUAUGGAGGCCAUCGGCAACGUCACGGGUCAAUGUCCUGUGCUCGGAGCUACGAAGUCAUUAACGUAUAAAGGCGGAGAGUUGAGUUCUACAGGGCUGAAUGAUGGAUAUGAGGCAGCUCAAGAAGUUUUUAGGACUCAUGUACACGCAGCUAUGUGCAGCAACGCGUACUGGGGGCUGUUUUCGAUGUACCAGCCAAUGUAUUGGCUGCUUGGCGCUGGACUUCCUCAUAAGUCCGACGAGAACGAUGGAUUGGUCGAGUUCCAGAGCUGUGCCGGCGGUCUGCCGCUUGAACAGUUCGGUGACCAUUAUAGCGACCAAUUCUACGUGACAUCUCUCAACCACGCCGAUACCACGUUCUACAACGGCGACGGUCUCUUCAGUGCCGCGAAAAAGCCUGUCAAGUGGUUUGAGUGCGUGCUGUAG